AUGACCAAGUGUCGUUUCUCUUUCUUACGGAAUUUGUGUUGUGACAAAUGUCUCCAAGAACCGACGGCUGAGGAGGGGGAAUACACGCCAAACAUUCCCAAAUCUUCUGCUGGAUUACCGACUUCAAAAUCUACCAGAACUGAAGUUUCCGGCGAAGAAGUUACUUCCGGUGUUGUUGCCGCGGAGAUUUUUGAGGACCCUUGUGAUUCAAAGUCACUUUGGGACGAAGCUUAUAACAACUUGAAGGAGGAGGAAGCUCAACUGCUCGAUGGAUACGAAAAGAUCCUCAGUCACCGACUCCGAGAUGAGUCUGACGAGUUGUUCCCUGCAAGCCAGGAAAAUCAAAUCAACCAAAAAGACUCAGAAAUCAGGCGAUCGCAGAUGCGAUCGGCGAUUGAAAAAGGGCUGAAGAAUACAGAAAAGGAAGCAGAAUUUAAACAAGGAGCUACGGAGGUACUGCAAGUUGCACUUGGUCUAAAUGACAUGAUCACACUUGCGAUCAAGAGGGUUCCAGAAGCCGCACUUGCGUGGAGCGUGGUCUCUCUUUCUAUGCAGGUAAGCACCCAAGCCAAUCCUGGGAGACUAGUGCACGUGUUGACGGUCGCGAAGAUGUUCCUCAAUCCUCUACAACAAACUGAGGUCAACCGCGUCGGGAUCAAAUACGUCAUGAGCAAGAUGGACUGGUAUUGGGAAUUGCCCGCUCAUCUUCUGCAGGAGAGUGAGGUGAAAAAAGACAUAUACGCGAAGCUACGAUUGGAACUCCGGCAACAAAUCGUCGACCUCUACAAGAGCCUACUGUUCUACGAAAUUAAGAGUGUUUGCUCUUAUUUUAGGCAUAGGGGCCUUCAAUUCCUCAGGGAUUUUGUUCAGCUUGAAGGCUGGGAUGGGACUUUGGACCAAAUUCAAACGGCUGAAACUGCGCUCCCUCAAUCAGAGCUCAAUCUUGACAGAAAUGAGGAAGGGCAAAUAUCAAACGCUGUCGGCCUGUACAUCAAUCACAAGCUGAAUGAACUUUUCAAACGCUAUGAGAAAGUCUAUGAGAAAAGAGACAAAGAUGAAAGGGAAACUCAAGGUCAAGCAUAUGACCCCAGUACCUUGCGUUUGGCCCUAGAAGCACUCAACAAUGUCAGAGCUGAAGUAGCCAGUGUUAUUCGUGACAAGGCCAACGACACUUUUCUAUGGGUGGCUCUCGUCUUCCAGGAGCUUGCGCAAACUCACGAUGCGCAUGGAAUUCUGGAAAAUGUUCGGGAAAUGCCUCCAGGUCUGGACAAGAUAUAUGAUAGGAUCAUGUAUAAACUGCUCCAAGAACCUCCAAACCACCUUCAGCACUGCCGUCAGGUGCUUCUGGUUGUAUUGAACGCAUAUCGCCCUCUUCAGUUGCCAGAGUUGGCCCUGCUUGCUGGACUGCCAUCAGAUCUUCUGUUCAAUGCUGGCAGGGUGAUUGAGUCUUGCAGCAUCGUGUUUCUUCAUCCAAACAAUCAGACUGUUCACUUUGUCCAUCAGUCAGCAAAGGAUUAUCUUCUCGAGUACAUGGAAACAGAUCUUCCAUCUAAGAUCUUCCCUGAUGGGCGAUCAUUUGGUCAUCGUCAAAUUGUUUCGCGGUCUCUAGAUGGCUUUUCCAAGGUCCUCAAGCGAGACUUGUAUAAUCUGGUACAACCUGGUGCCUGCCUUGCUGACCUUGAUGAAAGUCAGAUUCCUCGUCCAGACCCCCUCGCCUCAAUGCGCUACUCUUGCGUGUAUUGGAUCGAACAUUUCUGCGCAAUUCUCAGAUACUCUGAUGAAGGGGACUCAGAUAAAUUGCAGUUCAGUGCAUUUUGGAAGACAAACUUUCUUCAUUGGUUAGAAGCUCUCAGUCUUAUAAACUGUGUCUCCGAUGGUGUGCUUGCUAUGGCCAAGCUUCUCGAGAGUUUAGACGUGAGUGAACUGAGCUCCAAGACUGUCUGA